AUGUCUACUAACAAUUUAUUUAGUGAUCACAACAACGACCAUAAAAAUCGUAUGAAGAAGAAUAACAAAAAAAGCACCAGUGAUAGCGAUAGUGAUUCAGAUUCAAAUUCAUCCGAUUCCGACGGAAGUGAAUAUGAAGUAGAAAAGAUACUUGAUAAACGAAGACGUCAUGGAAAAUUAGAAUAUUUCUUAAAAUGGGUAGGCUAUGACGAUAGUGAAAAUAAAUGGAUAAGAGCAGAAGAUUUGAAUUGCCCAAAUCUAAUUGCUAAAUUUGAAGCUGAAAAAGAGCAGAAACGACGUGAUAAUUAUGCACAACGGAUAGGGAAAAGAAAAUCAAACCCUCCGUCCGCAAGUAAACGUCCAUCAAAGAAGCAAAAGAUAAAAACAGUUGAGAAUAACUUCGAGGAAGAAGAACAGUCAAAUUCAAACAUUAGCACAUCAGUAUCAUUGACAACAACAGUAAAAGCAGCAAAAUCAUCCAAAAAUACGACUAAAAAGUCGAGUAAAACAGAAGAGCAAGUACAAGAACAGUCAUCGUCAGAUAUUCAAACAGAUCAACAUCGUUAUGGUGUUGAGAAGGGCUAUGAAGUUCAAUCUGUAUUAGGCGUGAACAGACAAGAAAAAAAGUUAAACUAUGUCGUUCAUUACAUGCCUAAUACACCAAUUGAAGAUAAAAUGGAAUUGUUACCAUCGCAUGUUGCAAGUAAAUAUUGUCCCGAACAGCUUAUUCGAUUUUUUCAAACACGUAUUCGUUGGAAAAAUCAUCCAUAA